AUGGCGCCUCCCACCCCCGCCGAAAACGAAAGCCACCAACAACUCCUCAACCAACUCGACAUCGCACAGGUCCCGCGCCCCUUCCGCAACCCCCAUUGGAAGCCUUCCCAGCGGCGCAACAAGAAUGUCAAGCAACUGAUCUCCGAGAGCUCUCGGAGAGAAGCCUCUCAGAUGGCCACGCAAGCCAACUCCGGCGCAACGACACCUCUCGUGGCCACCACCUCCGCCAGUACAGACGGCAGCCAGACACCCGCCGACGUGGGCCACCGCACAAACAUCGCGCAAGCAGCGCAGAACCUCUCCACGCUUGUUCUGGAGAAGAAUGCACGGGCAAUGUACUCGUCGGGGCCGGCGGUGACGUAUACGAAUAUCGAGUCAGCGCCGUCGCUGCACCCGUCGCAGCAGACAAGGUAUUGCGAUAUCACGGGGUUGCCGGCUCCGUAUACGGAUCCUAGACCCGGCUGA